UGGGUCAUACCAAUCCCCAAACACACAAAUUCAGUCUCACUUUCUCUCAUGCUCUCAUCACCUGAAAUGGAGGAGAAAGAAGCAGAAGUAGUAGAAGCACCAAAACCAGCUGACUGGUUCAAUACCUUAGUAUCUCUUCAAGCUGAUCUCCUUUACAACUGUUUCACCACUCUUUCUUCCCCUUUCUUCACCCUCUUAUGGGCGGCCUUUGAGUCCUACCGCCGUGCCGAAGAGACGACAGCCAACGUCGAAACGGUGGUUCAAAAGCUACCUUCCAGCAUCACCCACGGUAGCACCGUCUUGGUCAAGAGAGUUGGGUUAGGACUUGUUGGUGCUGCUCAAAUGUGCAUGGUGUUGGUUUUUCUGAUGGUUUUGGCUGCUUUUGUGGGAAUUGGGUUGGUGCAACUUUGGGCGGAGGAGCCUGUUUUCGUUAGAGAAAAAUUGUUCUUUGAUUACACAGAGGUGAAUCCUACGGCGGUGUUUUGUGCUGGUGGAGGUGGAUUUGAUGGCAGCUGUUAUAGGAAGAAGCAGAUGGGUGUUCCCGUUGGUCAUACCAUUCAUGUUUAUUUGCUUCUUUUGAUGCCUGAAUCUGAUUUCAACAGAGAAAUUGGAAUGUUUCAGUGUUUGUUUGAUCAGUUGAAUGCAGAACUGCUAUCAAUCAAUGGAGAUGUAAUUGGUGAGUCUAGCCAGCCUGUUAUGUUGCGCUUUACAAGUCUACCACUUCGGCUUGCACGUACAUUUUUUAUGGCUAUACCUCUCUUACUCGGAAUUUCAAGUGAGACGCAAAAGGUGAAGAUUGAGAUACUGAGAUAUAAAGAAGAAUAUCCCAGAAGUGAAGCCGUGAGGGUAACAUUGGCUCCGAGGGCCGGAACUUUGUCGCUUCCACAGUUGUACGAAGCGGAAAUCAUCAUGAACUCACAGUUGCCAUGGUCUAAACAGUUGGUCCACAAUUGGAAGUGGACCUUGUCUGUAUGGACAUCGCUCUAUGUAUACAUGUUCUUCCUCAUACUUCUCGUCGGUUGCUUUAGACAGCUAUUCUUUCCAUUCACAGCAUCAGCAGGUGUCGAAAGAGAUGCAAGCGUAGAGGAAUUGAGAGAGCCAGUAAUGGGCGGCAGAAGAAAUGAUCGGGUUGAGGUUUCCGAUCUAAUGAGCAAAUGGCAGCAUAGCAGACGGAAGCGGAAGGCGAUCUUUCUGAACAAAGGAGUCUCAGAGAUAGCGGGGUCAUCAGCAUCAAGCAUGAGCCUAACUAGGGAAGAUAAGAGUGCGGUAAUUGAAGAGGAUGUGGGAGACUCAGAAUCAGUAUGUUUAGGUGGUUGAGUUUAAAAUUUUCGAUGUUUAUGUUUCACCUACAUAUUUAUGCUUUGUUUUCUUUUGGCAAACCUUCUUUCUUUUCCCUAGUAAAUAAAUAGUUUACUAUGCUUCAGAUGAGAA